UUAUGCAAUUUCAGCGGACAGAAGAAUAGAGCCGCAGUAGACAUCACAAGUGAUGUUGAGCAAAGUCCCGACAUUCACCGAGAUCGGUUCCCUGAAUAUGAAGAAUGUUCCGCGAUCUUGUCGCGUUGAGUAAUAUUGAUCCAACUGCCACCAGUACAAAACACCCUCUACUAGGCCUGCGGACGUACAUUUCACCUCAAUCUUCUUCGAGAGCAACUCCGUAUCCUCUUCCCCGAGAUGAAGAAAGCGAAACUCGUUAGAACAAAUUUGGUGUUCGAAAGUUGAUAUUUCUAUAUCCCUAUAUUCGAGUAGAUUGUACAUUCGAAUCGGAGACAAAUCAGCACCGCAGAGAGAAUCUUCUCGGACACGAGUAAGUUUUGACAAACGUUCCGAUGAAACAAGUACUCCAUGCGCAGAAAGACGGUCUGUGAGAAAGCCACAAUGUUUCAGUGAAAGAGGAAUAUCAUUCCUUGCUCGUAAAGUCCGUAGCAAAUUCAGAAACACUUCGCUGACUGAGCCAUCGCCUCGUAUUGGCCACACAACCACACACUGAUCAGCAUAGCCUUCGUCCACUUCGCUUUCGACUGCUCCGUGAAUAUCUUUUGAGUCUAUCAAAAAAUGGGGCAGGUAUCUUACAAUUCCGAGUUCCUCGGCGCUGAGCUCUCCAUCUAGAUUCCAAGAAUACCUGCUGACAGACGGUAGCAUUCGAGUAAUCGCAAAAAGCAGCAUAUCGUUAUUCAUAGUACGGUAGUCAAGUUGGCUUCGAGGUAUUAACUCGCGGCUGGGAAUCAGCUGAACAACAAAAAGAUAGCUAGAUUCCGAGAAUGCAUGAGGAGGUUACAAGGAAGUUCAACUCAGUUCAGUCGACUCCUAUUAUUACGAGUAUAUCACUUUACAUUAGGCGAAAACUUAUGUGACUGCUCUGACCUCUUCGGAAUUCUGGAUCAAAUCCACUGAAAUGUCGAGUCUAGUCCUUUUCAGUGUCCAGUUCAAAACUACGACAUCACCUUCGUUGACCUAAAAAUAUGUGAAACUGAAGAAGAUAACAAUACAGGAGAUGAACUGAAAUGGUUUCAAGCCAUCUGGAAUGGAUGUCUAACAAACACUCACACGCAUCGGGUAUGGUAGAGGGAAUAUCCCUUGUUCCCAACAUGUACUUUUAGAAGUAUCUAUAUACUGAUCUCCCCAUAUAAGCGCCUUGAAAUGGACUGCAACAGCGUGAAGUGUUCCUGAGCAAUUUGUUGAAAUCUUUAUAACCCCGGAUUGUCCAAAUACAUAUCGAUGAAGCUCAUUUAUGUUUUGAAAGUCUACUCCCAGCAAUCGAUGGGGAGUCGAGAGAUGUUUUGCAUCAGCCAAAUCUGAGACCCGUAUACACCAAUAUGGCUCAGAUGGCUUUUGUCCAUUGCAUGGCACAUACUCAGACCGGUACUCCUUGCCAGACGGGGACGUAAAGGAAUGGCUGAGGUAAAUUGAAGGCGACUCUAACAACGUCGCAAACAAAGUGACAUUUGAAGGUAUGAAACGGGCUGUAUUAGUAGCAAGCCUGAGAUGAGCAUCAAGGAAAGCUGGAAUCACUCCUUCACCGAAAGCACAACAAUCAAGUAUCUCCGAUACAACUACAUCUGCCAAGUCGUCCUCUUCUGGAUCGUAUUCGUAUGAAUACUCUUGAACUACUUUAACAUUUCCCACACCGUUCAAUGCAAGAAUCCUUUUCGCCAUCUGGUAAAGUGUUGGGUUUGCCUCAAUUGCCGUUAUCUUCGAUGCUCCACAUCUAGCAGCAUAGAUACUCAAUAUCCCAGUUCCAGUGCCAAUGUCUAAGACAUGAUCGUUCGGAGAGAUCGUAUUCUUCAGAGCAUCGAAAAACAUGGAGUUUCUUUCCUGAUCAUUGAUCAUGAACAUGUGCCAUUGGUCGAAGACACCACUUCUCAUAUUAGCUGA